UUUGGCGUUCAAGGUUUUGUUUUUAAUCUGCUAUCGGUUGCGUUAUUUGGGGCCCGCAGUCCAUAUUCCUGUCCACAAUCAUUUGUUUCCAGUGGAUUCCGCUUAGUUUUAUUGUAAUUUUUCAAGCGUUUACCGCUCGAAAAUCGUUAUAUUAUGAAUACAGUGAAAAUGACCGAUAUAUCCGAAGAUAAAGCCCCAGAGAGAGUGUAUGGAGGCUGCGAAGGUCCGGAUGCUAUGUAUGUUAAGUUAAUUUCGUCUGACGGGCACGAAUUUAUUGUUAAAAGGGAGCAUGCAUUGACCUCAGGAACAAUAAAAGCUAUGUUGAGUGGACCAGGUCAGUUUGCCGAGAAUGAAGCAAACGAAGUUAACUUUAGAGAAAUUCCGUCACAUGUGCUGCAAAAAGUUUGCAUGUACUUUACUUACAAAGUGCGUUAUACGAAUAGUUCCACUGAGAUUCCAGAGUUCCCAAUUGCUCCUGAAAUUGCUUUAGAGUUAUUGAUGGCGGCCAAUUUCCUAGAUUGUUAAUUAUUAUUAGAUGCAUAGCACCAGCAGAGAUAUAUUCAUUAACCAGACUUUUUAAGAGACAAGUUUAUUUAUGUUCUGUGAUCAUAUUUAUAUAUGCUAGAAAUGUUUAAUGCUAUCACAUCUUAGUUGGUGUAAAUACUUCUAAUAAUUAUUUGCCUGUGUAUAUUAAUGUGUGAAAUAUAAAGAGACAUUUCUGUCAUAAACUUUAAAUCUUUUAUUAUUAAUUAAAUUAGAAUUAAUUCCCGAUGUGUUUAGAUUAAUCAAUAUAGUGUGUAUUAAGUGAGAAAGUCUUAGGCAUACCACAAUAAUGGUCUAACAUAGACAAGCCUUUUAUUGUGGUAAUGGGUGCGGCUUUUUCAAAUGGAUCGUUAAUUUCAGAAUGCAUUAGUAACAUGUAAAAUAAACGUUUAUAUUGAGAUCAU